CUUCAAACGAUUUUGGUAAGUUUAUACAAAGUGUGCUGGGCCGCGGUGUCGAUUUCGGGGAAUGGAUGCGGAUCGAUGGAUGCGGUCGGUUUUUGCGGAACGAAGGAUACAGAGCGUGACGGACGCGAAAUUCGGAGAAUGCAGAAGUGGACCCCUACCCAAUGGCGCACAUUUGCGGAAUCGGCACCGGAAGCUUGCGCAAAUGCGCCCACCCUGAGUCUGUACCCUGUCGGUGCUGGAAGAAGAACCCUCGCUAAUGCACAACGAAUGCACCCACCCCCUACUGCAUGCACUCUCGACAAAUAGGUUAGUAACAAUGGCCCAGACCGCUCGCAAGAACCAGCUGGCUCCCGGCAUUAGCCGCCUUUCGCGCUCGAAGGUGUUCUCGAAGCGCGCUGCUUACAAGAUCGCCAAGACCGCCCAGCCCAAGGCUGAGGAGGCCCCGGCUAAGGCUAAGAAGGUCACCCGCGCCAAGAAGGGCGACCUCGUUGCUGCCCUGACCGCCAAGCACAGCGCUCUGCACCCCGCUAACGUCGUGCCCCAGCCCAAGGCUGGCCGCAAGACCCAGCGCACCCAGGGCCUGCGCAAGUCGAUCACCCCCGGUACCGUCCUGAUCCUCCUGGCCGGCCGUUUCCGUGGUAAGCGUGUUGUCUUCCUGAAGCAGCUCAGCUCCGGUCUCCUCCUGGUCACCGGUCCCUUCAAGAUCAACGGUGUCCCUCUGCGCCGCGUCAACCAGGCGUACGUGAUCGCCACCUCGACCAAGGUCGAUCUGUCGGGUGUCUCGGUCGAUGCCAAGUUCGACGAUGCCUACUUCAAGCGCGAGGAGGAGGCCAAGCUCAAGGGCACUGAGGAGGAGUUCUUCGGCAAGUCCGCCACCAAGAAGGAGGCCCCCGCUCACAAGGUCGCUGACCAGAAGGAGGCUGACAAGGCCGUCGUCGCCGCCGUCGCCAAGGUCCCGUUCCUGGCUUCGUACCUCGCCUCGACCUUCUCCCUCACCAAGGGCCAGGCUCCCCACUCCCUCAAGUUCUAAACAUAGCAACCAAAAAUCCAUAUUGACUCGUCGUUUCUUUUUUGGUUUAUUGAAAGAAUCUGAAAUCGCGAGGUGUACGUGAUAUGUGCUUCUCCGGCUGCUUCAAGGGAAAU